GGUAGACGCGGCCGGAGAAGAUGUCGGGCCAGACGCUCACGGAUCGGAUCGCCGCCGCUCAGUACAGCGUGACAGGCUCCGCUGUAGCCAGAGCGGUGUGCAAAGCCACCACUCACGAAGUGAUGGGCCCCAAGAAGAAGCACCUGGACUAUUUGAUCCAGGCUACCAAUGAGACCAAUGUUAAUAUUCCUCAGAUGGCGGACACGCUCUUUGAGCGGGCAACAAACAGUAGCUGGGUGGUUGUAUUUAAAGCUUUAGUCACUACGCAUCAUCUCAUGGUGCAUGGAAAUGAGAGAUUUAUUCAGUAUUUGGCCUCUAGAAAUACACUAUUCAAUCUCAGCAAUUUUUUGGACAAAAGUGGAUCUCAUGGUUAUGAUAUGUCUACCUUCAUAAGGCGCUAUAGUAGAUAUUUGAAUGAAAAGGCUUUCUCUUACAGACAGAUGGCAUUUGAUUUUGCCAGAGUGAAGAAAGGAGCUGAUGGUGUCAUGAGGACGAUGGCUCCUGAGAAACUACUGAAGAGUAUGCCCGUACUACAGGGACAGAUUGAUGCGCUGCUGGAAUUUGAUGUACAUCCAAAUGAACUAACAAAUGGUGUCAUAAAUGCUGCAUUUAUGCUUCUUUUCAAGGACCUUAUCAAACUUUUUGCUUGCUACAACGAUGGAGUUAUUAAUUUACUUGAAAAGUUUUUUGAAAUGAAGAAAGGACAAUGUAAAGAUGCUCUAGAAAUUUACAAACGAUUUCUAACUAGGAUGACACGAGUGUCUGAAUUUCUCAAAGUUGCAGAGCAAGUUGGCAUUGAUAAAGGUGACAUUCCUGACCUCACACAGGCUCCCAGCAGUCUUAUGGAGACCCUUGAACAGCAUCUAAAUACAUUAGAAGGAAAGAAACCUGGAAACAAUGAAGGAUCUGGUGCUCCCUCUCCAUUAAGUAAGUCUUCUCCAGCCACAACUGUUACGUCGCCUAAUUCUACACCAGCUAAAACUAUUGACACAUCCCCUCCAGUUGAUUUGUUUGCAACUGCAUCUGCGGCUGUACCAGUCAGCGCUUCUAAACCAUCUAGUGAUCUCCUGGACCUGCAGCCAGACUUCUCCUCCGCAGGGGCGGCAGCAGCCGCGACACCAGCACCACCACCACCACCUUCAGGAGGCGCCACUGCGUGGGGGGACCUCUUGGGAGAGGAUUCUCUGGCUGCACUUUCCUCUGUUCCCUCCGAAGCACAGAUUUCAGAUCCGUUUGCACCAGAACCUACUCCUCCUGCUACAACUGCUGAAAUUGCAACUACUUCAACCUCUGCCUCAACUACUACAACUGUCACUGCUGUCACUGCUGAAGUGGAUCUCUUUGGAGAUGCCUUUGCAGCUUCUCCCGGGGAGGCCCCUGCAGCAUCCGAAGGGGCCACUGCGCCACCACCCCCAACCCCUGUAGCCGCGGCGCUUGAUGCGUGUUCAGGAAACGACCCCUUUGCCCCGUCUGAAGGUCGUGCAGAGGCUGCACCCGAGCUGGACCUCUUUGCAAUGAAGCCACCUGAGACCAGUGUUCCUGUAGUUACCCCUACAGCUAGCACAGCCCCUCCGGUUCCCGCCACCGCUCCUUCUCCUGCUCCCGCCGUCGCAGCUGCCGCCGCUGCCACUACCGCUGCCACCACAGCUGCUGCUGCCACCACUGCCACCACCUCCGCCGCCACCACCACCGCUCCUCCUGCUCUAGAUAUCUUUGGUGAUUUAUUUGAGUCUGCUCCCGAAGUCGCCCCCGCGCCUAAGCCAGAUGCUGCUCCUAGCAUAGACCUGUUUGGGACAGAUGCUUUCUCCUCUCCACCACAAGGGGCCUCUCCCGUGCCUGAGAGUUCUCUCACUGCUGACCUCCUAUCCGUGGAUACAUUUGUAGCACCAUCUCCUGCAACCACUGCCUCGCCAGCAAAGGUGGAUUCUUCAGGUGUGAUAGACCUUUUUGGGGAUGCAUUUGGAAGUAGUGCUUCUGAACCCCAACCUGCAUCUCAGGCUGCUUCUAGCUCGUCAGCAUCGGCAGACCUACUAGCUGGAUUUGGGGGUUCUUUCAUGGCCCCUUCUCCAUCACCAGUGACUCCUGCUCAGAAUAACCUGCUACAGCCCAAUUUUGAGGCAGCUUUUGGAACCACGCCUUCAACUUCUAGCAGCAGCUCCUUUGAUCCGUCAGUGUUUGAUGGUCUAGGUGAUCUUCUGAUGCCAACCGUGGCACCAGCCGGGCAGCCUGCGCCCACCUCAGUGGUACCUCCCAGUUCUGCAAUGGCAACAAGCAAAGCUCUUGGGAGUGAUCUUGACUCAUCUCUUGCCAGCUUAGUAGGCAAUCUUGGAAUUUCUGGUACCACGUCCAAAAAGGGAGAUCUUCAGUGGAAUGCCGGAGAGAAGAAGUUGACUGGGGGAGCCAACUGGCAGCCAAAAGUAGCCCCUGCCACCUGGUCGGCAGGCGUCCCACCCAGUGCGCCCUUGCAAGGAGCUGUACCUCCAACUAGUUCAGUUCCUCCUGUUGCUGGGGCCCCAUCUGUCGGACACCCUGGAGCAGGAUUUGGAAUGCCUCCUGCUGGGACAGGCAUGCCCGUGAUGCCUCAGCAGCCUGUCAUGUUUGCACAGCCCAUGAGGAGGCCACCCUUUGGAGCCGCAGCUGUACCUGGCACACAGCUUUCUCCAAGCCCUACACCUGCCACUCAGAGUCCCAAGAAACCUCCAGCAAAGGACCCAUUAGCGGAUCUUAACAUCAAGGAUUUCUUGUAA